AUAAGAUGGUUUCCUUGUAUGGUUUUGACUCCAACCCUUUAUAAAGGGAGGAGAUUUAUUGGGAAUAAACACACACAAGAAUUAUCCUUCAAUCUCUUGUAAAUUCACAUGGUAUCAGAGCGGUAGACCUGGGCGACCUGGUCCGAUCGAAGCAACAUGGCCGAGACACCUUCAUCGGAAAAUCCCUUCUCAAAAGGCACCGGCAAAGAGGAAAUUGUAAGGGUAAGUCCUUACGAAUUGAAAUCAGCGGAUACCCCCGCAUUGGUGAUUACACAGAUUAAAUUGACUGGAGAAAACUAUGAAGAAUGGGCUCGGGCCGUGCGCAUCGCACUCGGUGCCAAGAGAAAAUUUGGUUUCGUUGACGGGUCGAUUCCCUUGCCCGAAGACGGCGAAGAAAAGGCUGAGGAAGGGUGGAUUGUCAACGCCAUGUUGGUAUCCUGGAUCUUUAACACUAUUGAUGGCUCACUCCGAAAUUCCAUCACACAAAUUGAAGAAGCUGCGCAAUUAUGGAACGACAUCCGAGAACGGUUCUCGGUGGCAAACGGACCGCGGGUUAACCAGCUCAAAAAGGAACUGGCAGGUUGUAAACAGAAUGGGCAACCCAUUGCCUCCUAUUUUGGCCGGAUGAAGAGCAUAUGGGAUGAGUUGGGAAGCAUUGAGAAACUCCCUGCAUGCACAAAAUGCCGUGCGUGUAAGUGCGGUACUAUUAAAACAAUCGAGACUCAUAAGGAGGAUGAGAAGGUGCAUCAGUUCUUGAUGGGACUCGACAACGAUGGCUAUAGCGGGGUACGUUCUAAUAUUCUAAGCACCAUCCCGAUUGCACCUCUCAACCGCGUGUAUUCAACAAUUAUCCAACAAAAAGGCGUUCUCAAAUUAACCGCACAAGAAGAGGAGAAAAACCCGGUCAGUUUUGCCGUGGUUGAUCGUGUGGAUCGAGAUCGUGCAAACCGGGACACAACUAGAGACGUUAGAUGCAAACACUGCGGCGCGGAGGAGGCCGGAAUGGUCGCGGAGGAGGACGACAAGGGGGCAGAACUGGCACGCCUGGAGGACGGAACAACCGGACAGCAGAAGCUGGUUUCGGCGUCACUGCCACGGCUCACACAGCCCGUACAGAGAAGGGAAACAGCGACAACGAAGGGUUCACGUCCGAGCAAUGGAGCACCCUGAUGAACCUUUUGAAAGAAAAGGAUAUUCCUCUGGAGAACAAGUUUUCAGGUACCAUUACUACCUCUUGGAUCAUAGACAGUGGCGCAAGUCAACAUAUGACGGGAAACGAGGAAUUUCUGACCAACAUUGAACACAUAAAUCAGUGCUUCGUUA